AUGGCAGACGCAAAGCAAGGAGGCGAUCUUUACGAUAUGGCUAAGGACGGAACCAAAGUUCCUGGAGAUGCUGGCAAGCAAAACAUCAUAAAGUCUGUUCCCAACCCGCACCAGCAGGAAUCAGCUGCUGGUGGGCUUGGGUCUACAACUCUGCACGGCGCCGCAGACAACGCAUUGAACACCAACGAGGGAAGAGCGUCCGGAUUGGGCGAGGGAAUCAGUGCUACCGGUCACGAGAUUCCUCAGUCGGUGACGGGCAAGCCUGGAGGCCGAGGGGGGACGCAAGGCUCUGAGGAUGUCAGGGCCGCAACGGGUGCGUUUUACACCAAGGGGGGCCGGUCGAAGGAUGAUGAGUAA